AUGAGCAUUACGAGUGACGAAGUCAACUAUUUGGUGUAUCGCUACCUUUUAGAGUCGGGAUUUACGCAUUCCACCUUUUCAUUUCAGCAUGAAACUGCAAUUCAUCGAGCCGAAGUCAAAGGCAGCAGCGUCAGACCUGGUGCAUUGAUCAGUCUUUUGCAAAAAGGACUUCAGUAUUUGGAAGUGGAAACCCAUAUUCAAGAGAACGGCAAUGAAAAGCGAUGUAUUGCCCCAUUUACACUUCUCGGACCGCACGAAUGUCAAAUAGUACCAAAUGAUUUUGAGGAUGAUUUUGAAGAAACGUUUGGUGGAAAUAGACGAGGGAAGCGUAAUGAUGAUCUGCAAUGUUCUAGGCGUGAGCGGAGAGAUGAGCGCAAAUCGACAAAGAGGUCGGAGAAUAGGGAAAAAAGGCAAAGAAAAGAAUCUAUUACUAUUGAUGACAAUACAGACACAGCUACCUCGCAGAAACACGAAGGCUUUGGAUCUAAUGAAGUAGAGCGUGAAAUUGAUAUGGAUAUGGACACAUCUGUUGAAGCUGUAUCUCAUCACUUUAAUGCUACAGAGAUCCAACUACUCAUUGGCCAUCAAGCCGAGGUCUUUGUGUGUUCAUGGAAUCCAAAAGAAGCAUUGCUUGCCACAGGAUCUGGAGAUGGCACUGCUCGAAUUUGGAGUACAAGCGAAAACACAGUGUCAAACUCUCAAUAUCCGGUGGUGCUACAGCACAGUUCUAGUUCUGGAGAAACCAAAGACGUCACAACUUUAGAUUGGAGUCCAGAUGGUGUAUUCCUUGCGACCGGGUCAUAUGAUGGACUUGCGCGAAUUUGGCACAAGACAGGGACAAUCAAGUUUACCAUGCAUAAACACCAAGGGCCAGUGUUUUCUUUGAGAUGGGGUAAAAAUGGUGAUCUGUUGCUGAGCGGCAGUGUUGAUCGCACUGCAAUUGUAUGGGAUGCAAAAACUGGAGAAGCUCGCCAACAAUUUCAGUUUCAUUCAGGACCAACUUUGGAUGUGGACUGGAAAGAUGACUCGACAUUUGCUACGUGUUCCACUGAUAAGCAAAUAUAUAUUUGCCAACUGGGGUCUCUCGAGCCUCUUAAGCAUUUUACCGGGCAUGAGGGUGAAGUAAACGCAAUCAAGUGGGAUUCGAACGGUACUUAUUUGGCAUCAUGCUCUGACGACCACACUGCCAAAGUCUGGAGCCUUGAUCAAGACACUCCUGUUUGGGAUCUGGUGGGUCACCAGAAAGAAAUUUAUACAAUGAGAUGGAGUCCCCGCUCGGCAGAGAACAACAAGCUUUUUCUUGCCACAGCUUCUUUUGACAGUGAAGUAAGGAUCUGGAAUAUUCAAGACGGCACUUGUAUGUAUGUUUUGACAGGCCACACCGAUGCUGUAUAUUCAGUAUCGUUUAGUCCCGACCUGAUGUAUCUUGCAAGUGGGUCUUUUGAUCAUUGCGUGUUUCUAUGGUCAUUGAAGGAUGGUGCCCUUCUCAAGACACAUCAAGGAGGUGGAGGUGUUUUUGAAGUUGGAUGGAGUCACGUUAGCAACCAUAUUGCAGCAUGUUAUACAGACAAAAAGGUGAUUGUAUUUUCCGUUUAAACUAGUAUGAGCGUAGAUGCGCAGACAGCACAUGAGCUACAAACUUGAUUUUAUUUGAUGAGCAAAUAAACUUGUAAAUUUCAUUGCGGCCAAUG